AACAUUGAAUUUGUAUACUGAAAAUUUUCAUUUUCAAGGCUUGCUCUGCGGCAAGCGGUACCGUUAUAGAAAAACAAGGACCUUUCUCGUAUCCCCCUCUACAGUCAUUCAUGGAUGGAAACUUCAAAAAAAUACCAAUAUUGAUGGGUUUCAACUCGGAGGAAUGGUUGUAUUCAGCACUGGAUACAAACCUCACUGAGCGUGCUGAGAUAGAUGAUAAUCCUGAUGAACUGAUAACAGAUUUAAUACAUAUGUCUCCAGAAAACAGAACAAUCGCUGGUCAACUCCUCAAAAAAGUGUAUACAAAUACUUCAUUUCAAGAAGAUAUCGGCGCAUUUUGUAGGUGGUUUAGCGAUAGGAUGAUGAUAACUCCAAUUUGUAAACAGGCCGAGCUCAUAUCUUCGGAAGUGCCCGUUUAUUUAUACCAGUUUUCCUAUUAUGGCGAAUUGGGGCAGGGACCAACUGAAAUCAUUCCAG